AUGCUCCAGCUUGCAGGACCAAGUGAUUGCAUGUCAACGGCCAGAAGGAUAUUCUACGACCUGUUUCGUAUUCUCGAAGCCAGUCGAGCAUUACUCUUCGACGAAGAAACUAUCCUUUCUCAGGAAUGCUGGCUUCGACUCCAAAACAGCUUGUCGAGAAAUGCCACUCGCUGGGAGCCCUUGGAAGAGAUUAUAACGCUCAUGAUUCAGGCAUCCGCCUUCACCCUACGAGCCGGUGCUAUAAUUGAUAAGAUUCCUGAAGAAGAACGUUUCACAGAUCCAUCAGUUGCUCUGAUUGCGGCUGAGGGGCUCGAUGUACAAGGAAAUAUCUAUAACUGGCACACGAAGGCGUUGCUGCAGCUGGUCCAGGAUGGUCCUAAUGAAUAUUCAAAAUUAGCUUUGCUAUAUUAUCACGCGCUACUAAUCUUUCUUUCUGGCAACUAUGACUAUUUCACCUACUGGGAUAAUAUCCCAGCCCCGGUGUUAUCCCCUGCUGAAGUUUCUGAACACCUGAGUUCUGUCCUGUAUCUCUCGGGAGAGGUGUUGCACCACUCCAAGAUCCCAGGAGUGAUGCUAUUUUUCCCAGUAACUGUUGCGGGAGCUCGAGCCCGGACGGUCUAUCAACAAUCCGAAAUUCUAAAUCUGCUCAGCCUGGUCUUCUGCAAAGGGUUUGUGGUCGCAAACAAGAUACGGGAUGGUCUGCUGAAACGGUGGGCCGAGAAGGAUCGAGAAGAGACGAUACAUCUUGCUACAUGA